AUGCGCACCGCCGACCUGCGCAGCCUCUCCAUCGGCGUCGGCGGCCUCCCUUACCCCGAUACGCGGGUGCAGGCGGCCUUCCGCGCGCAGUGCGCGCUCAAUCCCGCAUCACUGGCCCAGAGCCCGCGCGACAGCGCGUCCGACUAUGGGCGCCCCUUUGACGCGCGUUACGACUUGACCUCAUCCUAUUCUCCGAACCGCGCCUCCGACGGAUGGGGCAUCCACGCGCCCGAGCGCGUCCUCACCGCCCGCUGCGCGUGUUGGCGGCACGAAGCCGCGCUCGCCGUACUGGUCGUCGAGGGGUUUGCACCGCGACGCCUCACCCGCGCCUCCCUCCGGGUGUGGGAGGAGGACGAGCGGUGGCGCGCCCUCGCCCGCCUCCUCGGCGCGAGCGUCGAUCACGAAGAGCCCGUGCUCCUCACGAGGCAACAGAUUACCGAGAGGAUCUGCACAUGUCCCGCUGAUCUGGCCGAUCUCGGGGGCGCCCUCGACGCGGCAGAGCUGGGCGUUUGCAGCAUGCACGGAAACACGCCCGCAGGUAAUAGCGCGUACGCCCAUCUUCCUGCCGAGUGGGCGGCUGCUCUCGCCGCGGCGCCCUUCCGCAUCGAUAUCCCUCGCUGUGCGCGCCCGCCGGCCGGACUCUUUCCCCCGCCACCCGCCACCCGCGAGGACCCCGACCCGACCGCAGCACUCACGCUCGACGAAGUCGCCGCCGUCCGCGCUGCCGACGCCUCGCCCCGUUUCUUCAUCGGCGAGCAUCCGGGCCAGGGGCACUCGCGCACGUCCAGCGCAUGGAGCUUCAAUUACGCGACGCUGAAUUUUCCCGCGCCGCCCCCGAGCCCCUCACGGCUCCAGUGGGCGGACCUCGGCCCGGCCAAGGGCAAGAUGACCGCUGCUGCGCGCCACCUCCUCGCGCUCGAGGAGAAUGCUACUGCUGCGCGUGCGCUCGUGCGCGGCGUCGCCUUCGCCGCGUCGACUGCCGAGGCGGGGCAGGGCCGUGUUGCCGUCGCCGUCGCAGGCACGCGGAUGGCGCGCUGCGUCGCGAUCGACGUCAAUGUCAUCGCGCUUGAGCUCACACCAAAGUCGGACUCAGACCCAUGGGGCGACUCGUUGACCAACUCGGUGCUUGUCGAGGAGGAAGAGGAGGGUGAGGACAGCGAGAACAAGAGGGACGAUAAUGGACAAGUACAACAAGAUCAAGAGGAGCAACGUAAUCAACCUCCUCUACGCCCGUCGCCACGGAGCAGACGCAGCUCGCGCAGCAUCCACAACUUCCCGCCAAACUUUGCAAGCCACAUCGACCUGCGCACCCUCCUCGCGGGCGAUGUAUGGGAGCGCGUCCCCCACGACCUCGUAAGCUUCCGAAGCUGGCCCUUCCCCGUCCUCCCGGGGCCGGGGCACGAAGAGGCGCAGGACGCGCUGCUUCUUGACGACUGCCUCAGCAUAAAUGAGAUGUACAAAACGCGCGCGAGCGCCCCCCGUGCCCAGCCGGCCCAGGUGCCCCGCACCCAAGCGCCCCCUUCGCCCGAAAGCCUGCCCCCCACUCCGCUCGACGGGCCUGGACACGCCGAAUGUCGUGCGAAUAAGCACGGCACGCACGCCGAGGGACCGACUUGCGGCCUCGGGUUCUUCCCUGUCCCGUCGCCGGAUCCCAACAGCACGCUCAGCCUCUCCGUGCCCCCACCGCCCCAGGCCGUGCUGGUGAAGCCGGAGACUGGCCUCCCGACGCCAGACUCACCGUCCGCAGUUCCCUCAUUUCAUGCUCCAAGCGCGCCGUCCUUCCCCGAGUCCCACACGCCUCGCCAAUGCCGGACGACGCCGGGUAGUCCAUACCUCCCGGCCCCUACCCACUCCGUGUUCGGUGCGCCCCCGCCCGUGCCCCCCGUCAAGCCUCUUCCUCUGCCCGAGAUACACGCAGACGGACCCCACGAGAUGCAGCAUACGGCUGACGAAACCCCCGGCGCUCCAUGGCAGGUCCCGCCGCGCUCGCUGCCUAUCUGGCCCCCGCCCUCGGCCCCGCCCUCGCUCCCUCCCUCGCCUGCGCUCCGGCCCUCCCCGCCGCCCCUCGUCCCGCCGCCGUGCAUGCACAUGCCGUGCGUGCGCGCCAUCGCCGACCGCACCAAGCCUGACUCGCUCAACCUGCAACGCUUGUACGACGCGCUCGUGGCGGGGAUCUACGCGCUCGGCGAUCGGCCGCGCACAGAAUGUCUCGCUACGUCGCCGGUCGGCGCGCCCCGCGGCCCUCUCGCGGACGAGGUGCGCGCCAUCGCGCGUGUUGUGAGACGCGACAGACGCGCGCGCAAGGCGCGGGCCGACGAGGUCGCGGCGCCGGUGAAACGCGCGAACUCGGCCGACCCGCUCAAGAAUAUGCUGCCCAUCACGCCGGUGUCGUCGCGCUCGACUACGUCGUCACGAUCAGCAGCGUCGCCAAACAGAUUCGCGAGCUUCAAACGGUUCUGGAAGAGCCCGGCGCCCACCGAGCUCCCCACUGCGCCGCCGACGCGCAGACCAAGCGCGACCACGCUCGCGCCCCCGCAGCUUGCGCCGCCGUGCGUCACGCCAGAGAGCGCACACAUGGUGACGCCCGGCCAGGAGAACAUGAUGGAAGAGCUGCGCUGGGCCCUCCGCCAAUCCGCGACGUCGCCAAAGCCCAAACCCUCGCUCAUGCGAUUUCCGCCGCACCAGCAGGGGUCGCAGGCCGAGUUGCCUACCAUCUCCGACUCGGUGCCGGAGCGUGAAACCGAGGGUGAAGCCGAGCAGGAGGCAGAGUACGAGCCCGUGCUGGCCGCGCUUGAGCAGACGGGCAUCGUCGUCGUUGGCGUCCACCCGGCGUUCAUGGACAUGCUUAUGCGUGAGGUCGCUGGUGUGUCAGUAUAA